CUUGAAGGUGUUGCAAGGAAUUUUUCAUCAUUUAUUUCAAGUUAAGGGAGUAAUUACCAGACCUAUCUUCUCGAUAAUUACUGUGAUAGUGAUACAUAAAGAUGUCGUUAAGAAGCGAACAUCUACAAACUCUGUUACUAUUACUUUCUGUGUGCUUGGCAGAAAGUAAAAUGACGGAAACAUACAAGGUGAUGACGUAUAAUGCUGCCUUGUUAGGGGCUAGUAUAUCAGUCGAUGGAACCAUUCCUGACAACCGUGAAGAAAGACGAGACGCCUUAAUUAAAUAUCUCAACGAUGAUGCUAACUCAGACAUCGUCUGUCUACAAGAAAUAUUCACUGGCCAAGAUGUUGAGGCGAUUGUAAAUGGUGUUGGCUCGAAGUUUCUUUACACAUACAGCGAGUUGCAUCUGAGUGACGGAACACUUCCGCCUCAGUCAGAUGUCAUAUGGGCACCGGCAUGUGACACCACAGACUACCUGAAUUUUGCAAAUUGUGCAAUUGGAAACGGAUGUUUGAGUUCAACGUCCGACACAAUACUUUCUCCAGUAACAUAUGCAUGUCUUGUUACCAAAUGCCCGACAGAGUUUCAAACCAUAGUGUUUGUAAAUGGAGAGAAAUGUGUUAGCUGUCUCAUCAGAAAUUCACCUAAUAAUCAUUUCAAAAGGUGUGCAGGACCUCCAUCUACAGACCGUUGGAGUAUAAACAAAAUUGGACUUUUAUUGCUGUCCAAAAAAGAAAUAUCUGACACUGAAGCUAUUGAGUAUUUUCCAAAUGACAUCAACAUCUUCGCAUACGGAUAUCUUCGUGCAAAGGUUGGCGAUCUGACAAUCGGAUGUACACAUAUAGUACCAACAGAUUUCAACUUUCCUCCACUCAUGUCUCAGUUUCAAACAUUCUCGGAUCAACAAGCGGUAGAACUACAGAAAUUUGUCGAUGCAUUCGCUGGUGCAAACCCCGUAAUUGCACUCGGGGACUUCAACUGUGGUCCUGACACUGACACAUUCGACCCAGUCGAUGCAUCUAAUUACGAGAUACUCACAGGUUUUUUCACAACAAAACUUACAGAGGAAGGCACGUUCACCUCGGAGAAUGCAUACAACAAAGCUCCUGGUCAGUCAUACAAUUAUGCUAUCGAUCAUGUGUUUAGUGCUGGAAGCGCAAGGAUUCUGAACACUGAGGUAAUCCUGAAAAACGGCACAAUGCCGCUAGGAUCAAGUUGGCUUCCGUACAGUGAUCAUUAUGGUGUGAAAGCGGUAGUAAAAGUUAAAAAAUUACGCAAGUAACGAGAGAAAAUGAAAACAUGAUUACAGACUGGAGAUUAAAACACAAUCCUAUUUAAUAUGAAUUUUUUCCUUUAAAUCUUGAAAAAAUAUGAUAUAUGUAAUGUAAUAAACUUGCAACAAAUAAAACGAUCUAUCAACAACA